CUUUUUAGGUUUCAUUUUCCUCACAGAGAAGCCCCGUCGGUCCAGAGCUGCUGUACUUCGCCACAGUGAAGUUCAAAUGGAGGGAAAAAGUCCAAUAAAACCCAGUGUUGGAGGAUUUUCAUUUAGUGCAAUUACGCCUCCUCCUUCUCUCUUCCAUCCGUCAGCAGGCCAGCAUACUUUCCAACUCCCAGCGUCUUCAACACCUUCUCCAAAGCCUGAAGCUCAGUGGAGAAAUGUGGAGUGGACACAAGAGCGAAAGGAGAACCUGAUGAAGACGGUGAGCUCCUACAGACCCAGAUGUGAGGAGGCGCCUCAGGCCCGGGUUCUCCUCCUGGGCCCGGUCGGCUCUGGGAAGUCCAGCUUCAUCAGUUCGGUCCAGUCGGUGUUCAAUGGAAGAGUCGCCAACCGCGCCAUGGUGGGGUCCUUCUCCACCAGCUUCACCAAAAAGCUACAGUCGUUCAGCAUCCACGCUCAGAGAGGAGAGGACACCAGUGGGCUGGUGCUGUGCGAUGCUGCCGGUCUCGGUGAUGGAGGGAGGACCGGCCUGACCCUUCACGACAUCCUGUCAGUCAUUAAAGGACACGUACCUGAGGGACACAAGUUUAGCCCGGAGCAGCCGGUGAGGUCACAAACCGUGGGCUACGUGAAGCUGCCAAACCUGAAGGACAAGAUCCAUUGUGUGGCCUUUGUGGUGGACGCCUCCAAAAUCACAAUGUACCCCCAAAGCCUGGGCACCACCUUUAAGAAGCUCCGAGAGCACAUCAGUGAUCUGGGUGUUCAUCAGGUGGCUCUGCUGACCCACAUUGACCAGAUCUGUCCACAAACGACCAAAGACCUCACUCAGGUUUACAAGAGGCAGAGCAUCCGCAACGCGAUGAGUGAAGCUGGAGCUCUGUUGGGCAUGUCCACCUCCUACAUCGUUCCGGUGAAGAACUACUCCUCAGAACUGGACCUGGACCUGAACACAGACGUGCUGCUGCUUAGUGCCGUCGACCACAUCCUGCAGUACGCAGACUUAUUUUUCCAGGACCACAAACCACGAAACCCAGGGCCAAAGUUCACUUUAUAACAAUAAUAAUAAUGAUCAUUUUUGUCUGAAUAUGUGAAUAUAUGAAUAAAGUCUUUUGAGAAACUUG